GUGGCACUCAACUGAUGAGGAGUCAAGCUUCCUUACUCUUCCUUCCUUGCACAGAAGGGUUUGGGCAAGAAGAGUGGGUUUAGUGUCUUUUUUGGUACCGAAAUUGACGAAUCCCUAAUUGGCUUAUUCCGUGAAGGCUUUGCAGUAGUUGACUAGUUGUUGAUGUGGGCAGAGCUUGGACGUGAGACAAAUCCAGACAUAGUCGCCGUUUGAGACAACAGCGGCAAAAGACUGAGGAGAUUUGGCAGAAUCUGCUUCUUAUGAACAUCUGUAAUCUGCAUCAACCAGUUGGAAGGUACCUUCAGUUUCGGCAGUACAGUAUGAAUCUCAGUGAGGUUGUGAAACGUCUAAACAGCCUGGCCUCCACAUCUUUAGCAGAGUCUUGGGACAAUGUAGGACUCUUACUUGAACCACAUAGUAAAAAGGAAAUUGAGACAAUGAUGCUAACUAAUGACCUCACAGAAGAAGUGAUGGAUGAGGCAGAGAGAAUAAGAGCUAACUUCAUUCUCUCAUAUCACCCACCUGUGUUUCAACCUCUGAAGAGGAUUACAAGCAAAGCCUGGAAGGAGAGAAUUGUUGCACGUUGCCUGGAAAAGGGUAUUGCUGUCUACUCCCCCCACACAUCCUAUGAUGCAGUUCAGGGAGGAGUCAAUGACUGGCUCAUCCAGGCUUUUGAUGGAGAGGAGGUGAGCCCACUGCACCCAAGCAAGAAAUUACCAAAGUAUAGUCAUCAAGUGACUGUUACAACUAGCAGUGAAUUGGAGGCUAUGGCACUCGUGGAAAGUUUCACUGCACUUCUGGACCAGUCUCAAACCUUUAUCAAAAGCAGUGAAAAGCAGAUGGAAGUGUUGUGUACAGAGGGAACUGUUCCAACCAUCAUCAACCUCAUCACUGAUAAUGAAAAUGCCUCAGCAUUGCAACUCACCCUGACAAAGUUAGAAAAGGUUCCUAUUGUUGGUCAUGGAAUGGGAAGAAAAUGUAAGAUAGUUCAACCGAUGACUAUUGAGGAAGCCAUUAACAGAAUUAAGUCUCAUCUUGGAUUGCCAUAUGUGCGGUUAGCCCUAGCACAUGGUGCAAAGCUUGUUUAGAUGAGUGAUGUGCAA